AUGUCACCGGCCCUGGACGCCAUGGAUGUGAAGAUUCGUGGUGCGAAGGCUUCCGCCGCCCUUCAAGCGCCUCCCCAGGGCCACGGUGGCCACGUGCCGCGCUUUGGGAAGAGUCACAUAGAGAUUUCCAUCCCACAAGAUGCGGCCGACGAACAUGCAUACCCUCCAGAGGCCGUUCAGGUCCGCAAUACCUUCAUCCAUGUCGCGAGUCCAGGGCAGGGCGCUACAGAGGAGAUCGCCAAGAACGCCCUCUCGUGCCCGGCAAGCCAUGUGGGAUGGAUCCAGAAGCUCUUUACAGAGGACGACGAGGUUCCCAAGGCAGCGAAGCCCGUGAUCAGCUUAGAGGAUUCGCUGAUUUUCGAUGUUCCCAACACUCCGCACGAGGAGCCAUUGGCGGCAAGUACUUACGCCAACCGGGAUCAUGGCAAGCAGUGGCUGGCGACACAACCGCCGCAACAGCCUAUGCCGCCUGUGCACGACGCAGGGCUCUGUCCUCCUCGGCCUACAGUCCCGUGCGAGCCCCCACCCGCUUGCUAUGCAGGUGAUGAAGCAUACUUGCCUUACAGAAUGUACGAGGAGCCGUGGAUGCCGGCACCCGCGCCUAUGGCACCCAUGCACGAUCCGCAGCUGUGCCCUCCCCCGCACCCCGUCCCUUGUGAGCCAAAUCCCCACUUCUAUCAUCCCGGCCCAGAGCAGCCCCAUGCUCACGCACCGCCGAUGCCACUUCCACCACUUCCAUGCGAAGCUACUCACGGUUUCUACCCUCAUCCUCCUAUGCACGAUCCCCACAUGUGCCCUCCGCCCCAUCCAGUUCCAUGUGAGCCGACGGCCGGAUUCUACCCACCCCCGGAGGCACCUCAUGCACACCCCAUGCCAAUGCCAUGCGAGCCCCCACAUGGUUUCUAUCAUGCUCCUCCCCCAGAGGAGGCGCGAAGACCCAUGCUGCCGGUUCCGUGCGAGCCCAGACCCGGAUUCUACCAUCCACCUCCGAGCCGCGAGGACCCCAUGAUGCCGGUUCCAUGUGAGCACCGACCAGGAUUCUAUCAUCCUGCCCCAGGGCCCAUGAUGUCAGUCCAUGAACCCACUCCUGGCUUCUACCCUCCUCCGCCACUGCCACCCCCAUGCGAGCCUACCCCAGGGUAUUACCACCCUGCCUCUGAGGAGCCACGGGGCCACAUGAUGCCACUCCCAUGCGAGCCCAACCCUCAGUACUAUCGUCACCCCCAUGAAGAGACCCGAGGUCACACAAUGCCAGCGCCCUGCGAGCCGAGUCCCUACGUCUACCCUCCGUGCCCGGAGGAUCCCCGGGGGCCUUUGGCCACCUAUCCCAGGGAGGAAGCUUGCCGGCGCGACUGGCAGAGGCCUCCUCUGGAGACACAGGUUCGACCACAGGAGGAGGUUGGCCCCAAGCGCUCCGUGGAGGAUCUCCCCACGUGCCCUCCGUCCAUCCAAGUGCCCUCAGCUCCGGCCCCCGGCUCCGCAGAGUUGCCCAGUAUCGGCUCUGAGGGCCACGCCUCCGGCGAGUGCCGCCCUUGCGCCUUUUUGUAUGCCAAGGGUUGCCAGAAUGGCGCAAUGUGCCUUUUCUGCCACUUGUGUGAUAAAGGCGAGAAGAAGCGGCGACAGAAGGCGAAGAAGGCGUCCUUCCAGGGCGGCGCCUGA